CAUUAAUUAAAAAAUUCUGAAAAUUGCGAUAAUCACGAAAUUUUUAGUUUACAGCUUUGAAAUUAACCCUAUUUCUUUUACUUUCACUUUUACAAUGGACGUGGUUGUCGUAGGUAGCUGUAACAUAGACCUUGUAAGCUAUGUGCCUCGAUUACCAGCAGCAGGGGAGACGAUCAUUGGGAGUAAAUUCUCCCAGGGCUUUGGUGGGAAGGGUGCAAACCCUGCUGUGAUGUCCGCCAGACUAGGAGCCAAAACUGCCCUUAUUAGUAUGGUGGGUGAAGACUCUUUUGGCAAGGAAUACAAAGAGGACCUUAUCAAAAAUAAAAUUGAUGUUAGUCACAUAGGGACCACUUCGAAGGCAGCGACUGGUGUGGCUCCUAUCUUUGUCAAUGACAGCGGAGAAAAUUCCAUAGUGGUUGUUAAAGGGGCCAAUGAUUAUCUCACAAAAGAAUGUGUAGAAUCUGCUAAAGAUUUGAUUCAAAAAUCAAAAAUUCUUUUGUGCAAUCUGGAAAUUGACCCAAAAGCAACCCUUCACGCCCUGAAGAUGGCAAAAUCCUUCAAUAUAAGAAGUUUAUUUAACAUGGCACCGGCUACUACUGGGCUUGAAGAUUAUUUCCAAUAUUGUGAUAUUCUAGUUGUUAAUGAGUCUGAGGCAGAAAUAAUCACAGGGAUGCAAGUGCCUGGGGUACAAGAGGCCAAAACCGCUGCAAAAUCAAUUUUACAGAAAGGUUGUCAAGUUGUCAUAGUGACACUUGGAGAAAAUGGGGCUGUUGUCAUGAGUAAAGCAGAUGAUGAAGCAGUUCACAUACCUACUCCUAAAGUCCAAGCCAUGGAUACCACUGGUGCGGGUGAUGCAUUCUGUGGUUCCCUAGCAGUGUUCCUGUCCACUAAGCCUGAGUUAGGUCUCCAGGAGUCUGUGUACAGGGCCAAUAGGAUCGCAGGGAUAACUGUCCAGUCCCCGGGGACCCAGACCAGCUACCCCCACUGGAAAGACCUCCCUCCGGAACUGUUCGGUGAGGAGAGGCUGCUAAAACUAGAGUAAAAUGAGCCUCAAAAGUGGAGCAAUCAAGAAGGAUAACUCUGUAAAAUCAGAAUAGGAAAAUAUAACUUCACUUCAUGGUUGUUGUUUAUUCCAAGAUAAAAAAAGAUAAAGCUAUCCAGCUAUACUAAAUUGAUUAUUAUGAAUUAAUUUGUGCUGGCUAUGUUGAAUAAAUUACAUGUAAUUUAAACAUGCUAUCAUUUUAGAUCAUUUAUUAAUUUGUAAAACUAGGCAAUUUGCUUUGUAGUGAUGAUCAGUUGUGAAUGAAUUGAAGUACAUGCAUAUUCCAGUAUAAUCAUUUCUUAAUUCAUGUCAAACUGAAAGAGUUUUAAUGACAUUUUCAGAUGUUGUAUGAUUUUUUUACCGAUAAUUAUCCUUAACAAUGCAAUAUUUAUACAUGUAUGUAAUCCAAAAAUUUUUAAUUUUCAUUACCCGGUAUAUUGUUAAUUUGUCAAAUUCUCAGGUUGAAAUUUUGGUGCUUAAUAAUUGUACAGCUGCAUGCAUUCAUGUCUAUCAAUGCAUUUUAACAGUAAUGUGUAAAUGAACUAC